GUGUGCAUGAUUGCUUUUUUCAUUAUCAUUAGUUACACGACUUCCAUAUCUUUGUUUCUCUACUACUUCUUUGCGUCCAUGACGUCAGAGUUACCAUGGGCAUCUUGCAACAAUACAUGGAACACACCAUAUUGCACAAUAACGCCUAUCCAGCCGAGAAGAUUAUUCUGUGUAAAUGAUACUGCACCGAGGCAUCCAAGUAAAGAAUUUUUGGAGACGAAAGUAUUAGGUCUAGAGAAAAUGUAUAAUUUUGAACAUCUAGGACCAGUGAAGUGGGACGUGUGCGCAUGCUUGUUCCUGAUGUUUACCCUAAUUUACUUCGCUAUAUGGAAAGGAAUUCGCAUUACUGGAAAGGUAACACAUGGAGAAAUACGUAUUUGCUAUGUAUAUACUGAAAAGUCAUGCUCUUCUUACAGACAAUUAAAGUCGUUUAAAAUAUUUAGUGGUGGGCACAAAUUGUCGAUUAUCGCAUAUUGACAUAUAAUUUUUUUUUUUUUUUUUUUUUUUUGGUAGAUUUGAAACUGAGAUGUUAUAAAAAAGAGUUGUGUUCUAUUUCUUUUAAUCGAGAAAAUGAAACAAAAGCAGGAAUAUUAAAAGAAAAUCUUUUUUUUUUUAGGUAUUGAUAGGUACCGUGUCUUCAUCAUACUUGCUGCUACUCCUACUGUUGGUGAAGGUGCUUACUUUAGACGGUGCCCUUGAAGGCAUACGGUAUUUCCUUUUACCAAGUGUGAUUCGUCUGACAGAAUUUGAUAUAUGGAUUGCUGCGUCUGCACAAGUGUUUUACACUAUCCAACCUUGUUUUGGUGUGCACAUCUCACAUUGGCAAGCUAUAGAGACAGACGCUAUGAAAACGUUGUCAGGGACGCUGUUGUAAUUUGUACCGCAAUAGCGGGGUCGAGUCUGUUAUUUCUGCUGAUGUUUUCUUCUAUUAUCGGACACUUGGCGAUGUUGCGAGACGUAUCAGUUGAGUCUUUGAUGCGAGCAAUACAAAUAGAUAUGUUUAUAAUGUUCAAAGAAGUGCCCGAAACUCUCUUAGCAUUGCCGUUAUCAACGAUGUGGAGUAUCUUCUAUUUCUUAAUGCUGGCCUUGAUGGCGUUUGAUACAAUGUUACUUUUGCUGGAAAGUAUUGUUACUGCAAUUAUUGAUGAAUGGCCAUCUCUCAGAAAAAGGAAGCUUGUAGCCCUUGCGGUUGUAGUCAUCUCAUUUAUCUGUUCUCUUCCAACAACAACAUGCGGUGGUGUGUACUUGAUGAGGUUUUUAGAUACAUAUUGCAGUCAACUUUCGAUUUUUCUCCUAGCUGUCCUGCAGGUGAUUGCUGUCGGAGUAUACCGUAGAGCACAGACAAAUGUCCAGUCUCGUUUCAUACAGUGCGUAACGUUGGCCUGUUUCAGCGUUGAAGUGUUCUUUCUUAUAGGUAUGUUUGCUGUGUUGAUGCUACUUGGAGUAACACCGUGGUACGGCGAGUAUGUGUACCCAAAGUGGUCUCUUAUUCUUGGGCAAAUCUUAGGAUUUUGCCCAGCCUUGUGUGUUUUUCUAUACUGUGGUUAUUUUCUUCGGAGACUCUGUUUUCGAUAAGAUCGCACAGUGACGAAAGAGACAAAGAGCUGAACUUUAUUGCGAAAUGAAAGCAGACAUUCAUAAAUAUCUAUGGUAAGAAGGAGCUAGAAAGUCACCUAUAUGUGUCAAAGAGAACAGAACAUGAAACAAACAUAGAAUAUGAUAGACAAUUUGAGAUACCUCAGCUGACUUUUUAAAUUUACAUUUUAUUUUAUUUACAUUUACCUUAAUUUCAUUUUGGUAUGUAUUGUAGUGACGUAGCCAGAUAUGGCAAGCCAGUUGUCCAAUAAUUACGUGAACCCCAGUUCACGGCCGAA